UGAAAUUACUCUUCUUAGUAAACCAGUAAACGUACUGACUAGUUGUAUUUUUUAUUUACAAAUUGUACUAAAACUAUUUCAGACGUACUAAAUCUUUUCAUAUUAUUUUGAAAUUUUAUUACAAUAAUUGUAUGUUUAUCACUACAUCUACUUGUCUAGAAUGUUUAUUUAUACUAAAAUUUGAUUUCUUAUCAGAACAGUAAUUUAAGGUUAUGUCUUUAACCUACAUGCAUAUCAACGGGGAAUUAUUUGUCGUAUAUUUGUCGAAAUAAUGUUUUUGAUAUAGUUGCUUAAAAAAUGACGAUCGUAAGGUUAAAAAUAUCUCAAAUUUGGCAACUUGUUCUUCCUGUUGUAAUGAAGUGUUGGGCACUUUCUAGUGCUGCUGUAUUUACAUUUCUGUUGGUCUACUGGGCUUAUGGUGGUCUUCUUGCACUAUUUCUACUUGGAUUUGCAAUAACAGGUAUUUUCUACCACAUUCAGGAUUCUCUUUUGUAUCACCCUGGGGAGUCAUUUCAGUCCAGAAUUUUUGUCCAGACACCUUCUGUAUUUGGGCUUCCAUAUGAAAAUGUCUUCAUGAGGAGUAUCGACGGAACACUUCUUCACUUGUAUUUCAUAAGACAACCAGCGGAGAAAGUAUCACAAGUUCCCACGCUGGUCUACUUACACGGCAAUGCAGGAAAUGUUGGUCACAGUCUUGUUUACAGGCUUUACAAUGCUUCUGAAUUGUACAACAACCUGCACUGCAAUCUGCUCAUGUUGGAAUACAGGGGAUACGGGUUGUCAAAGGGAUCACCAUCUGAAGAAGGCCUCUGUAUGGAUGCUCGGGCAGCCAUUGACUUUCUUUCUUCUAGGCCUGAUGUCAAUCAAAGACUGAUAAUUGUGUUUGGUAGAUCAUUAGGUGGAGCAGUGGCUGUGGACCUUGCAGCUCGGCCUGAGUACAGUGCUCGGAUAUGGUGCCUCAUACUGGAGAAUACAUUCACCAGCAUUCCAGACAUGGCUUUAACACUCAUCCAUUGGAACUUCAUCAAAUAUUUUCCAUUAUGGUUUUUUAAGAACAAAUUUAUGUCGAAGAGGAAAGUGUCUCACAUUCAAGUACCCACCCUGUUCAUAUCCGGACUGUCAGAUGCUCUGGUACCUCCUGACAUGAUGAAGGAGCUUCAUACGCUCUGUGGCAGUCUACAGAAGCAGCUGCUCCAGGUGGACUCGGGCACGCAUAAUGACACCUGGGUCUGCCCGGGCUAUUAUGCUAACAUUGCCAACUUCCUCAAUUCCAUGAUCAGUUUUCAACCUGAUCCUCCUGUCUUAAAGUCUUGUAUAAAAUCUGUUUGACAGUGUUUUUGUAUGAAAAUAACAGUCUGUGAUAGUGCAAUUUUGUAUAGAUGUAAGUUUGUAUUCUGUACAUUAAGUAAUAUUUUAAUAUAGUGUUUUUUACUCACUAUGAAGGACACAUUUUACCAUAGAAAACAAUAUUUCACCUUCACGCACAUAACAUAAAAUUGCCAUGUCAUAAUUUAAAUUAAAUAAUUUAUUACAAUUACAUAACAUACUUUGGUUACAUUGUAAGUAUGUUGUACAUAGCUAUAAAUUGUGUGAUAACGACGAAUAAAGUUUUAAUUUGAUUAUUUAAA